AUGAACAGGAUUAUGCGAAUGAAAAGCUUGUUGAUCGUGGUUGUGAUUGUGGUCGAGUGCUUCUCCUUAGCGCAUACAACCCCUUCUGGAAAACCAAUCGUCGAAACCAAAUAUGGGAAGAUAAUUGGAAAAACCCGACAUUUCCUGAGCGAAGACGGCCAUAUUAAGUAUGUCAACACAUUCCUUGGAGUUCCCUACGCCUCACCACCGAUAAAAGAUCUACGCUUUCAGCCACCGAAGCCUCCACAUUCCUGGAAGCCUAAAAUAUACAACGCGAUCUCAUUCAAAUUCGUUUGCGCCCAAUCUCAGUCUCCGUACUUUUUAAACUCAAUUCGUCUUGUUUGGCCCGGAUUUACAUGGGAGAAAGAUUCUAGCGAAGAUUGCUUGUACUUAAAUAUAUUCGCCCCUGGUCGAGAAAACGCAACUAAUUCAAGUCAGCUUUAUCCAGUCAUAAUGUUUCUUCAUGGUGGAAGUUACGUUUACGGUACUACAGCACGGCAUACAACUCCAGGAGAAGUCUUUCCCCGAUUUGGCGUUGUCUUGGUGAUGGUUCAGUACCGGCUUGGACCGUUUGGUUUUAUGACCACUGGUGAUGCUGAAGCCCGCGGAAAUUGGGGAAUGUUAGAUCAAGUGCAAGCCCUAAAGUGGACUCAAGAAAAUAUAAAAGCAUUCGGAGGAGAUCCUGAAAAGGUUACCGUAUUGGGUGUGAGCUCAGGUGGGGCCAGCGUAGGGCUUCAUUUAUUGUCUCCUCUGUCGAAGGGACUUUUUCAAAGAGCGAUUAUGGAGAGCGGAGUCGAGCUAUCACCAUUUGCAUUUCAGUCUGUUGAGGCAGCUGUUCAAAACACCGAAAAAACUGCCAAAAAACUUGGUUGCAACACGGAAGAUCACCGGGAAAUGAUAAACUGUCUUAAAACAAAAGACACGAGCCAAAUUGUUGAUAAAUGGCAAGGGCCAACUCGGCCCGUCAUAGAUAACCAUUUCAUAUGCGACACACCAGAAAAACUCCUCUUGUCUGGUCAAUUUAAUCCUGUUCCUCUGAUUGGCGGCUUUAACAGCGACGAGGCUGGUCAUAACAUUCCACAAAAAUGCACACCACCGAACGAACUUUCUGGCGCUCUGUUUGGAGAUUGUAUAAAAUCCUUUGUCCAUGAGGAAAAAUUGUUCCACAAUAACGAGAAAACUGCUGGUCUUUUAGAAGACUCAAUCACCUUUCAGUACACUCCAUGGACAAAAACGCCCGACUCACCCACCCUCCUUAAGAAAAUAGUCAACAUGCAAUCAGAUUAUUUCGUAGCAGCCCCUACAUUGAAAGUCUUAGAAAUUCAUAGCCAGAAAGCUCCCACGUACAUGUAUGAGUUUUCUCACAUAUCUAAGCGAAGCAGCGCAGAAGCUUGGUUAGGAGUAAGACACGGAACAAACACCCCUUAUGACUUUGGAGCACCGUUUUUGAACAUAUCCUCGCUGAAUUUUACCGAAGAAGAUCGAAAUGUAAGCAGCUUCAUAAUGUCACUUUACGCAAACUUUGCCAAAGACGGGAUACCCACGCCUUCCGCCCUACACGGGGUGACAUGGAAUCAGUUUAACAGGACCCACAAAUCGUAUUUACUGAUCCAGGAAAAUCCUAAAAUGCAGACUAACUUUGAACCACAGCGGAUGGCGUUUUGGAAUUUUUACUAUCCACGCUUGUUAAACUUUUCUAAGACCAUCGCAAAUUCUGAGGAACAAAACCGAGACAAUCAUAACAAUGGAGUGGGGCGAGUCUCGAAACCAGGGCUUCUCGGUUUAAUUUUGAUUGUUCUUUGUGCACCUGUUCUGUUUGAUUGA